GAGCACAACCCCCCCUGACCUCUAUGUGUCCCCCCAGUUGAUGGCACUGGGUGUCGUGCCCAUGUGCUCCUACCAGUCGGAGCGGAUGUUCAACACCACCCGCAUCCCGGGCAAGGAGACGGACACGCUGCUGCACCUGGCGGACAGCAAACACCUGGCCGUGUACCACAAGGGCCGCUACUACAAGGUGUGGCUUUACUACGGGGGGACGAUCCUGCCCCCCGCCGACCUGGAGCUGCAGUUCCAGCGCAUCCUGGACGACCCCUCGCCCCCCCAGCCCGGGGAGGAGCGGCUGGCAGCGCUCACCGCCGGGGAGAGGGUGCCCUGGGCCGAGGCGCGCGCCCGGUUCUUCAGCCGCGGCCCCAACAAGACGUCGCUGGACGCCAUCGAGCGCGGGGCCUUCUUCCUCACGCUGGACGAGGAGGAGCACGGCCGGGAGCCGGGCACCCCCGGCUGCAUGGACGCCUACGCCAAGUCCCUGCUGCACGGCCGCUGCUACGACCG